UGCUACUUACUGUAUAUCAUGUUAUCAGUGUGGACUGAUCUAGGGAUGGGAGACUAAUAUACUCCUGGUCUGGCUAAACUUUUAACGGUACUAUGAAUAUCAAUGACAGUAAUUGUGACAGCAAUAUUUGGCAACUAUGGAUGAAGAACUGUACUGCCUUUCAUGCUCUCCAGAGUAGUGAGCCACUAUACACCACAGAGCUGCCGUGGUUUCAUUACUCAUCUCAGCGCGCAAUCCACUAUGAAUUAAAAGACCAAUAUGCUUCUGAGACAGGUGUUGAGAACAACUGAGGACAGUUAUACGUUUAUAUUUCUGGGAGACGGACCGUUACUCUUCUGAAGUCACCAGGGAACGGGGGAUCGCUAAUGGUGUGGACAGCUAUUUCAUCAUGUUGGAGAGAAACCUUGACCAGAAAAGUGUGAAGGAAGGAAUUCUACUGAAACAGACCAGCUCCUUUCAGAGAUGGAAGAGACGUUACUUCAAGCUCCGAGGAAGAACCUUGUACUAUGCCAAGGAUUCAAAGUCUUUGAUUUUUGAUGAAGUAGACCUUUCUGAUGCCAGUGUGGCUGAAACCAGUACCAAGAACAUCAACAACAGCUUCACGGUUAUCACUCCAUUCCGCAAGCUCAUCUUGUGUGCCGAGAAUAGGAAAGAGAUGGAGGACUGGAUCGGAGCCCUGAAAUCUGUCCAGAAGUGGGAGCUUAAUGAGCCGACUCAGUUUAACAUGGAACAUUUUUCGGGAAUGCAUAACUGGUACGCCUGUUCACACGCCAGACCUACGUUCUGCAACGUGUGCAGGGAGGCACUAUCCGGAGUUACUUCCCAUGGACUCUCCUGUGAAGUUUGCAAGUUCAAAGCUCAUAAGCGCUGUGCAGUGAGAGCCACGAAUAAUUGCAAAUGGACCACCCUAGCAUCUGUGGCAAAUGACAUAAUAGAGGAUGAGGAUGGGGUGACGAUGCCUCACCAGUGGUUAGAAGGAAACUUGCCAGUCAGUGCUAAAUGUGCUGUUUGUGAUAAAACCUGUGGGAGUGUUCGGCGACUUCAAGACUGGAGAUGCCUGUGGUGCAAAGCUAUAGUGCACAGUUCCUGUAAGGAGCAAUUGGGGAAAAUAUGCCCCCUUGGAGCCUGCAGAGUCUCUAUAAUCCCACCCACUGCACUAAAUAGCAUUGACUCUGAUGGUUUUUGGAAAGCUACAUCCCCUGUCUCCUGUGCCAGUCCUCUACUUGUAUUUGUGAACUCUAAAAGUGGAGACAACCAAGGCGUGAAGUUCCUGCGCAAAUUCAAGCAGUUUUUGAAUCCAGCUCAGGUGUUUGACCUCAUGAAUGGGGGUCCGCAGCUUGGGCUUCGUCUGUUCCAAAAGUUCUCAACUUUUCGUAUCCUUGCUUGUGGGGGAGAUGGCAGUGUUGGAUGGGUUCUUUCUGAAAUAGACAAGUUGGGGCUUCACAAACAGUGCCAACUAGGGGUAUUGCCGCUUGGCACAGGGAAUGACUUGGCUCGGGUCCUGGGAUGGGGAAGUCUGUGUGAUGAUGAUGCGCAGCUGCUCCAAAUACUUGAGAAGCUAGAACGUGCCACAACCAAAAUGCUGGAUAGGUGGAGCAUUUUCACAUAUGAAUCCCCAAAACACUCACCACCAUCAAUCAGAGAAGAUGAAAAUGGAGAGCCCAGGAUUCAGGUACAGAUUUCUCAAUAUGCGGAUUCUGUUGCUUUCCACCUAGCUAAGAUCCUGGAGUCAGACAAGCACUGUGAUGUAAUUUCUUCUGCCAAGUUCCUGUGCCUUUCUGUAAAUGAUUUUGUCACAGAAGUGGGGAAGGCAUAUGAGCGAGCUGCCGAAAAUCAUGAGGAAGCUGACAACAUGACUAGAAAGUGCUCAAUGCUUAAUGAAAAGCUGGAUUCGUUAGUUAGGGCUCUUAAUGAAGAGUCAUUGGCACUACUGACCCCCUCCUCUCGGAACCUCCACCCUGACUCUGCACUGAAGGAAAACAGCAAAGAAGUGAAUGAGAAGGGGGACCAUUUGGAUGACGUAGCAACAAUGUUCAAAUCUAAGGAGCAGCUUAUGCUGAGGGCCAAUAGCCUAAAGAAAGCUUUGAGGCAAAUCAUUGAGCAAGCGGAGAAAGCUGUGGAUGAGCAGAACAAACACACUCAAGUGUUCAGUAGCUCUGCGACAUCUCCGCUCCAGAAAGAAAACUCUGAAGAAUUCCUUAAGGAAGCUGAGAGGCUAGCAUACAGACGUGGAACUGUUUCAUCGACCACAUCUUCUAUAAUUCUGGACCGCCCCUACGCUUUCAGUCCUCUGCACUUCAAUGAGGAUCCCAACUCUGUACAAUUUUCAGAGAGAUGCACUAUGAAUAAUUACUUUGGGAUUGGCCUGGAUGCCAAAAUUUCCCUAGAGUUUAAUAACAAGAGGGACGAACACCCCAAAAAAUGCAGUAGCCGGACUCGAAACAUGAUGUGGUAUGGAGUUCUGGGGACCAAGGAACUUCUGCAGAAGACAUACAAGAAUCUGGAGCAGCGUGUAAAGUUGGAGUGUGAUGGGGUGACCAUCUCCCUGCCCAGUCUGCAGGGUAUCGCGGUUCUAAACAUUCCUAGCUAUGCUGGAGGCAUUAACUUCUGGGGAGGAACCAAAGAGGACAAUAAUUUCGGGGCCCCUUCUUUUGAUGACAAGAAGCUAGAAGUGGUUGCUGUUUUUGGUAGCAUUCAGAUGGCUAUGUCCAGAGUCAUCAACCUGCAACACCACCGCAUUGCUCAGUGCCGUGUAGUAAAGAUCACUAUUUUGGGAGAGGAAGGGGUCCCUGUACAAGUGGAUGGAGAAGCGUGGGUGCAACCCCCUGGAAUUCUGAAGAUCCAGCACAAGAACCGAGCUCAGAUGCUUACAAGAGACAGGGCAUUUGAGAGCACCCUGAAAUCAUGGGAGGACAAGAGAAAAGGGGAGAAUUAUAGGGCUAUGCCCCGACCACGACUUCAUUCCCAACAAUCAAUGGAGUACCUUACCGAGGAGGAGUUCACCCAGCUGCAGCAGCUUGCAAAUUCUGCAGAGAAUCUCAUCAGCAGAAUCCGGGAUGCAGCCAAAACUCACAAGGCAAUUGAACAAGAACUGGCCCAUGCUGUAAAUGGCAGCUUUGGGGUACUGAAUGAGGCCUUCUCCAACAAAUCAAACAAUUCAGCCGAGCAGUUGUUGAGUAGAAAUUCUGCUGUUGAUGUGGCCAUUAGUGUCAAGGCUCUGUACACAGAGACAAGAGCUUUCAUGGGAAGCAAGCAGCACUGGGAAUCUCCUCAGGAGGAGGAAGGGCUGCUCUGUGCUCUCAAUGCAGUGAGUCAAGACUUGCUGAAAAUGUCUGAUGUCCACUGGAUCAGCCACAUCAUUAAACCAGCUGAAGAGGAAAGUGGCGUUGAGACCAGCAAAGGAAGCUUCAAACUCAGAAUUAUUUCAAAACCAAGAAAGGAAAAGGAAAAGUGUCAAAAGCAGAAAUCCAACAGCUCCUUAACAGUGGAUAAAUGGGGCACAGAGGAAGUGGCAGCCUGGCUUGACGUUUUGGGUUUGGGGGAGUACAAGGACAUUUUUAUCCGCCAUGACAUCCAGGGCUCAGAGCUGGUGUUACUGGAAAGGAGAGAUCUCAAGGAUUUGGGGAUAGCCAAAGUUGGCCAUAUGAAGAGGAUUCUACAGGGUAUUAAAGACAUCACCAGUCCCAUGUAGUAACAUUGCGGUUACAUGGAGCUUUCACUUAACUGGAGACUAAUAAUAUAUGGUGUAUCACAUAUCACGCAUAUACCCAAAUAGAUUUUAUUACCAACUUCAUUUACGUCUCGUCUGAAGAAUGCUCUUGUUGAACCAAAAGAACUGUUGAGUGGAUGUGUCUCCUAACCUAGCUCACAAUCUACUUACGGACAGUGGCGACAAGUCUAUUACCAUCAGCCUGUUUUCCUGAGGAAUGUUGUGACACCUAACUUCAAGUAUCUCCAGGCCUCAUUUCUCCAUGGCUAGUAUUUUUCUUGGAUGGUGGCUUAACAUUAGCUGCUAUGACUCAGGAUUCCAUUCCAAUGUCAGGCCUGACUGAUAUGUCUUGGGUUUAGGUCUAGCACGUUUCAUAUACAACAGUGAUAAACGAUUUUUAAAGCUUUUACUCCGCUCCAUAUGAAACCUGAAUAUUCCUUUUUCUUCAAAACCUAAACAUUUUCUCUUGCUGGAUGUGGCACCAUUUCUUGUCUUUCUCCAGGAACUUGAAUGAACUAAACAAUGCUGCACGUAGUGUAAAGAAAAAAAAUGAACAGAGAAAAAAAAUAUGUACUUCUACUAUUUAAUUUUGUGAAGCUGUGACUCGUCUUGUGGGCAUAGGACCUACAGCCUUUGAUUUUACAAUGUCAUAGUGAAUGUACAGGUAAUUGAAGCAAUAUAUAUAUCGGUGGAGUAUUGUUCUUUUGGGUGUCUUGUGAAUGGCUGAUGUGUGCUCAUAAUUUGUACCCUCAAACCUUGUCAUUGGUCAACCAUUAGUACCUGAAAAAUUGAUGAUUUAAAGCUGCAAUCUCACAUUGAUGUUUUUUGCCCAGUUUAUUAACAGCAUGUUUUGUUUCUCUUUACAGUGAAAGUGAGUUGUAUGUUUAGUAUGUUCUCCUAUUUCUCAGUCUUCCCCUUUGCAAAAUCUAUUUGUGGGGAGACUGAUAUGGCUGUAACUGCAGGGUAGUAGUGCCUCUUGGGUGGAACUCAUUUGCAUUUUUGCAUUUCAACACUCAAGCUUGUUCCCAAGGAAAGGGUCACAUAAUCAGAGCCUUCAUUCCACAUGUUAUGCCAAAGGAAUGAGGAUUGGAAAGAUACUCUGUGCAUGAGGCGGGGUAUUCCAAAUCCUCUCUGUUCUAUACAUAACAUACCAUGUGACUCUGAUUGCCAUUGUAAUCAGAAGAUACUUAAAAAACUGCACGAUUAGCAGUGAAUGCUAUUAAAAAACACACACACACA